UUUCCUUUUUUUCUUAUUUUUGUCGUACUCGUCAACGCGUUUCAUCAACUGCCUGCCGUCUUCAAGAUCCUCUUCAAAUUCAAUUCCUAGUUCACACAUUCAUUGGAUUGGGUGUUCCUGUGCAUUUCUGGAGGCAGCAGCAACGAUGUCGAUAAAAACUGUGAGGGUCAGCAACCUCUCUUUGAGUGCAACGGAACGAGAAAUCCAAGAAUUCUUCUCCUUUUCUGGUGAUAUUGAAUACGUCGAGACGCGAAGCGAUACUGAACGGUGUCAAAUUGCUUUUGUCACCUUCAAAGACACACAGGGUGCGGAGACUGCUGUUCUCCUUUCGGGUGCAACUAUUGUCGACAUGGUUGUGGAGAUCGCUCUCGACCCCGACUACACGCUUCCUCCCGCUGCCCUCGCACCACCUCCGCCGUCAGAGGCGAAAACCGGGAACGAUUCUGCUUUACAGAAGGCGGAGGAUGUCGUAAGCGGGAUGCUCGCAAAGGGUUUCAUCUUGGGCAAAGAUGCCGUCAACAAAGCCAAGGCAUUCGACGAGAAGCACCAGCUAACCUCCACGGCGAGUGCCAAAGUCGCGUCCCUCGACAAAAGAAUAGGGCUGACGGAGAAGAUAAGCAUGGGGACUUCAUUGGUGAACGACAAAGUCCGGGAAGUGGACGAGAAGCUCCACGUCUCGGAGAAAGCGAAGUCGGCGCUCGCAGCUGCCGAACAGACGGUCAGCAAUGCCGGAUCAGCCAUCAUGAAGAACAGAUACGUACUCACCGGGACGACAUGGGUGACGGGAGCUUUCAGCAAGGUGACCAAGGCUGCCGGGGAUGUCGGCCAGAAGACGAGGGAGAAAGUUAUCGAGACUGAAGACGAGAAGAAGAGGAAGAUGGUGGAUGACUACGCCCGAAUUCAUCUAUCCGAAUCGCCUAAAGGGUUCGAUUCCGAAGAGCAGCAUUCUUCGAAACCGGCUCCGGUGCAAGGUUUGAUACUUUAAUUCUAUCCCUUCGUUUGAUGUUUUGCCGUCGUAGUCAUUUUCGUCGCAAUCUUUUAUUUUUUAAUGUUUACAUUGCCGCCGCUGCUCGUUGAGUGCACUUCGGGUAAGACGGAUUGAAACUAUUUUGUUUCUUGAGACUUGAAUUGGUUCGAUGGGAUGGUAUUUUUUUGUUGAGUUGAGAAUAUAAAGAAAGUUAAAGAUUAUAUAGUUAGUCUUA